ACUCGUAAUACUUCAAGUGGAUCCGUUGAAUGGUCCACACUCUUGCCAUUGGGCGAAGCCACUCGUGCCGUUUGUCUGGUACCGCUGGGAGGCAAUACUCCGACCUGUCCCGGUUAUGCAGCGGUGGCCACUUCACACCGCCUACUUCGUUUCUUUGUUCAGCCGACUACCGCUUCGAGGGCCCCAGGAGGUGAUGCUACCGGAGAUAGUGAUCAUGGGGCCAAUUUGGCUGGUAGCAGUGGGCUCCGUCUUAUCCAGGCUGGACCCGCAGGUCUACCCCCAGUAUGCCUGCCCGGUUACGGCGUUGUCGCAAUGGCUGCUCAUCCUAGUCGACCAGUUCUUGCUGUUGUUGUGGCGAUGGGUAAUGCUGGAGAUGGAGAACUUAGUUGGCGUGUAUACUGGCUGGAUGGACUUUAUGAAGGCCUACCUGUUGUGUUCAUUGCUGUUGCCCUAAGAGGUCGUUUGCCAGCUUGGACUCUUGGAAGUGGUCUCAUGCGCUGGCAGCCGCUUCCGAUUAGCCCAAGCUUCGCUUCUCUUUCCUCGCGUCAUGAGCCCACUUAUCCUUUAGAGGCAGAUCGUCGUGGGAAUUCUCGGUUGGCCUGGAUCGGCUUUUCUGACUGUGGCGGGCUCUUCACACAUGACUCUACGGGCUUUGCUCGACGCCUUAUGCAUCGGCGAACUUUCUGCAGAGGAGACGGUGGGUGCUGCUUUUAA